AUGGCGGCGGAUCGUGGCGGCGAAGGGCUGGGGUUGGAAGAGGGAAGUUUCGUGGUUCAUUUGGCACUGGUAUUGCCUGAAUCGGGGGUCGGAGCUGAGAGGAAUCAGCUCAGAAAGUCGGCUCCUUCCCCUGCCGAAUCCAGAAGAUUCUGGAUUACAAUCCUAACAUUCGAGAUGAAAUUAGAAGAGCUUACUUACAAAAAGGCCUUUGUCAGCCUAGAAAUCAUGAUUUCCCUCAAAAGAAAUUUGGAAAAGAGUCAAGACGAUUCAACCCGACAUGGUUUGAUGAAUUCCCUUAUUGGUUGGAAUAUAACAUCAAAGAAGAUGCUGCAUUUUGCUUAUUAUCUUUUUAAAACAAAUUUGGGAGAGAAAGCUGGAGGUGACUCAUUUGUUGGUACAGGUUUUUCAAAUUGGAAGAAAAACAAAAGAUUUCAAGUUUAUGUUGGAGGUCCCAAUAGUUCCCAUAACCAAGCUCUGAAAAAAUGUCAAGCCUUAAUGAAUGAAAAACAACAUAUUGAAAAUGUUUUCCAUAAGCACUCACAUCAAUCUCGAAUUGACUACAGAAUCAAAUUGAAUGCAUCUAUUGAUUGUAUUAGAUUUCUUCUACGACAAGGUCUUGCCUUUCGUGGCCACAAUGAGUCUGAUGAUUCAAGCAACCAAGGUAAUUUUCUUGAGCUUUUGCAAUUUCUUGUUGAUCACAAUGAGGAAGUUAGAGCUGUUGCUUUGAAAAAUGCUCCUGAAAACCUCAUAGUAACUUCACCUAAGAUUCAGAAAGACAUUGUAAAUGCUGCAGCAGUUGAAACUACUUAUGCUAUUAUUAGAGAUAUGGAUGAUGCAUUAUUUUCUAUUUUAGUUGAUGAAUCUCGUGAUGUAUCAGUAAAAGAGCAGAUGGUUGUUAUGUUUCGUUAUGUAGACAAGGAAGGAUGUGUGAUUGAACGAUUCAUAGGUUAUGAUGGGGCCAAUAAUAUGAGUGGAGAGUUCAAUGGUCUGAAGACACUUAUUAUGAGGGAGAAUGAGUCUGCUUACUAUGUUCACUGUUUUGCACAUCAACUUCAGUUGGCUAUUGUGGGUUUGGCAAAAAAGCACAGCCUCUUAGGUGCUUUCUUCACCUUAAUUUCUAAUGUGGUAAAUAUUGUUGGAGCAUCCUCGAAGCGUCGUGACAUUCUUCGGGAUAAGCAAGCUCUCAAAGUAGUUGAAGCACUGACCAAUGGGGAGCUUUCUAAUGGGAAAUGUUUAAAUCAAGCAACAGAGAUUAAGCGUUCAUAUGAUACACGUUAG